CGUCACGUCCGAAACGUCAUCUGAAACCGGAAGUGGUUCUCUGCGAGUUGCCGUUGGUAUCUUACGAGUGUUUUUGGCGAAAAGAAAUACUUGGGGCUGUUGCCAUGGUGUUUUACUUCACGUCCAGUGUUGUCCCCUCUGCUUACACCAUUUACAUGGGAAAAGAUAAAUAUGAAAAUGAAGACCUAAUAAAGUAUGGCUGGCCAGAAGACGUUUGGUUCCAUGUGGACAAGCUCUCCUCCGCUCAUGUCUACCUCAGGCUACACAAGGGGCAAACAAUGGAUGACAUUCCAAAAGAGGUUUUGAUAGAUUGUGCGCACUUGGUGAAGGCCAACAGCAUUCAAGGUUGCAAAAUGAACAAUGUCAAUGUUGUGUACACCCCAUGGACUAAUCUAAAGAAAACAGCAGACAUGGAUGUGGGCCAGAUCGGGUUCCACAGACUAAAGGACGUGAAGAUGGUGACAGUGGAGAAGAAGGUGAACGAAAUCUUGAAUCGACUGGAGAAGACCAAAACGGAGCAAUUCCCAGACUUGGCUGCAGAGAAGGAGGCCCGUGACCGGGAGGAGAGGAAUGAGAAGAAGGCCCAGAUCCAGGAGAUGAAGCAGAAAGAGAAGGAGGAGAUGAAAAAGAAAAAAGAGAUGGAGGAGCUCAGGAAUUACUCUUCCUUAAUGAAGGCUGAAAACAUGUCCUCGAAUCAGGAUGGUAAUGACUCGGAUGACUUCAUGUAAACCAAGGCGCUUACCUUCCAGAAGAUGAAGAUGGACUUUGAUAUUAUACUUCUUUAAUGCUGAUGGCAAAAACAAGCCAGUGAACCUUGGGCGUCUCCGCACUUGUUUGCCUGUUGGCCUCGCCUGGGAGGAGGUGGGCUAAUCCUCCUCGAGUGAGCGUCCGCUGGGAUGCUCUGAGAACGUGAGCUCUGUCUUGUAAGCCACUGGUGACGUGUGUAUUAUCUGGGGGAUGGGAACGUGGAGGCUGCUUUUGAAAGCUGUUGAGUCGGGCUCUUCUGCCGUAAGCCUCCGUUGGGAACUAAUCAACUUGAUAAGUUUUGCCGUUGAAACUGCUGACCUUAGGACAUCGUCAUCCUCAUCUUGGAGAGAAGGAGGAUCCCUGUUUUUUUUUUGUUUUUUUUUUUGCAAAUGUUAGAAUGCACCAGAAUUUUGCCAUCCCUCUAAACUCUAUAGGGAUAUGGCCUUGGCACAGCUGCGUUUCCACACUGUAAAAACGCUUGCCUGGAUCCUUUGUACAUCAAUGCCACAACCUCCCCCUUGGCACUGGUUCAGCCCUCCUCAUCCAGAUCCAAGCUUGUUAUAACCCCGUCGUUGGGGCAGAGUGCAGAACAACAGCAGCUAGAGUAGCAGAUGGCUCUGGCAAGUAAGCCAGUCCUGAAACUGUUGUUCACUCAGCCUGCGUAGCCGUUGUGUAGCUUUUGCCUCAAGCAGUCUGCGAAGCCUGGUAUCGCUGUUAGCUUGGUUUGAGAUAAAGCAGCAUGUGCCUGACGUGUCUGGCUAAGUCUCCUUUGUCAUUCUCCCCAAUCCCAAUCAUCAUUCUGGUGCCAUAAUGUUCCAGAACCAUACCCAGAGAACAGGAGCUCUUCCCUCAACCCACUCUCCCCACUUUCCUGUUCGUUGUGAUAGCUACACUCAGUAAAUGCUCUCUGUAAAGUUACCUGCCACAGCAUGCCUUAGGCCCGGCUAUUGCCUACACGUACAGUGUAACGAGGAGGGGUCAGAGGAGAUGGAAUGAACUUUGCCGCUUCAGACUGCAGGUGAAGGAUUAUAUUGCUUAUGGGUCCUCCACAGUAACCAUUCUUUGUAAGUGGAACAAUAGUACAGCGUACAAAAGGCUGGGCUAGUCUCAGGGAGAGAUAGCCCAGCCUCACUUUUCGAAUGCUGUGCCAGUUUGCCAUCCUCAGGGAAUUAAUGUGGAGGAACUGUGAACAAUUUAGACCUUUCUUACAGUCUGAAGUGAUACGUUCUGUUCAACCGUCUGAUUCUGCUACACGUGUUAAACCAGAUCUUAGUGUGUCUUUCCUCACCUUAAAAACUAUUGUUGUGGGGUUUUUUUAGUGUAACUGGGCAUUCUCUUUUGAGUUUUCUCAUCCCCCCCCUCCCCCGAUGGAAUGAAUAAAAGAAGUGGGUCUUUCAGUAGGAAGGCCUCUACCUCAGAUGAGCAUGAUGGCUGCUUGGUUUGUCUUGGCAACAAACUCAUGGGGGACUCCUGCCUGUGUUGUUUAAACAAUGCCAGGCAAGCAUUAUUUUAGCAUUUUUUAAUUUAUGUUAUUUAUAACCUGCCUUUCUCACUUGGACUCAAGGCAGACUACACAGAGUGAGUCAAUACAGUGGACUGGAUGGGACAUUCAGUGAACAUUGCAAAAGGAAUUAGGACUGUAGAACCAACCAGAAGUCUAAAAACAGAACUGAAGCAAGGUUGAGUACUAACAUGACACAUCAGAUGCGGCAAAAAAAAUUGCAUCGUAAGAGCCUAGCUUCAGCAGGUUCCACCCAGCAGUAUAGACCCCAGUCCCUAAUAAUUUAUUCAAGCAACUUCAUGAAACAUUUAGUAUGAUGCACGUUUCAGUUGUCCUUCUAAGCUUUGAUUGCCAUUUGCUUUGGGAUGGAAAGUGCAGGUUGCUGUUAUUUCUGAUCAGUUUAUGCAGUGCUGAAGAAACCUGGCCUGGAUUCCAUACCUCUGGUCUGCAUAUGGAGGCACUUUCUUCCAGCUCAAGGGACACUGGGUUGGGGGAAGUUUAUGAACUGGGGUGAAGUGCUCCUGGCUGUGGAUUAGAUCUGUGGCAUCCAUCCCCUGUUCAUUCAGUCCCAGUAGUCCCAGCGUCAUAUACUGCAGAGAAGAGAUUGGGGUGAGACCUCAGCCCUUUCCAGUUUUCAUAAUCCUUGCAGGUCUGGUUCUUAAACCACUCUCAAAGAAGCUUUCGAAACAGCCCAACGAUCUGGAUCAAAACUGUUGGAUAGUUGAAAUAGGUACAGCAAUUAUGCAAACUAUAUUGUCAAGUGGCAGGUUCAAAGAAACUUGUGAGAAGGUAGCGCUCGUUAUUCUUUUGGUUCUGUUGCUAGCUGUAUGUGUGCAUUAUUAAAUACAUUCUUCAAGGAAGAAGGUUUGCAGCAGAGAGGAAACUCAGAAUGAAGCCUGUGGAAGUCAUGUGUUGAACCAUGAAGAGUCUCCUUUUUGAGCAAGAGUGCCAGUUCCUUGGCUAGAUCAUUGGGAUUAUGUGGCGCAUUUAUCUACAUGUGUCAGAAAACACUGUUACAGAUUCUUCAGACCCUCUGAAGAUGCCAGCCACAGAUUCAGGCAGAACAUCAGGAGAAAAUGCUACUGGAACAUAGCUAUACAACCUGGAAAACCCACAACACCCUGGUGAUUCUGGCUGUGAAAGCCUUUGACAAUACCCUGUUAACAGAUUUUGCCUAUGAGCCUUGAUGCAGGCCGAUUCCCCCCAAUGGUGGCCGUUUCUGGACCCUCCAUUAAGCAUGGAGCUGUUGGGAGAGAAUCUGCCUCCCCAAAUCUGUAGUGUUAUAUGAAUGCUGUUAUGCCUGGGGUGAUUAUAGUGAAGGCUGAAAUGGCGAUGUACAUACACUAGAAUUAAACAUUCUGUUUUAUUGGAAA